AUGGCAGCCAGUGAGGCGGAUGCCACUGCGGUGGCGGAUCUACUCAACAAUGCGCAGCUCGAGUCAGACAAGGCUGAACGCGUGCUCGCGCUGCAACAGAUCGAGGAGCUCCUGCUCAAGAAGUCACCCGAGCUGCUCGACAACUUUUUUGAGGAGAUUCUGAACUUUCAGCUCGAUUCGGCGCCUGACGUGCGAAAGCAGCUGGUGGACUUUGUGGAACGAGCAGCAUUGAUUGAUGCGGGUUUGAUUCCGCGCAUGGUGGAUAGCCUCACCUACUUGUAUAAUGACACCAACAGUGGCGUGGUCAAGCGGGCUUUACAGGCGGCCGCGUGCUUGGUUAAGCACUGCUUGCAAGAAGCUUGCGAUCACAGCCGAGGUGGUGGUCGCGUCACGCAGGAUACCUGGGAGAGCACGAUGCGCAUCGUGGAUGCAGGACUGCAACAGCGUGCUGCAGCCAAUGAGGGCGUCAAAGCCGCCUGCAUGAAGCUGAUGGAAACUUGCGUCUUGCUUUUCUCGAACCGUACUCAAGACACUCAAAAGAAGUCACAGGAUGACCCCUCCCUCGACCUUGUCUCCGGAGCCCACCACUACCUCGACCCUCAAGUACUGCAGGAGAAGGGCCGUACCCUGUUUUCUACCCUGGUUGCGCUAGGCCAGAGCCAUGACAUCAAGAAUACCAGUAUGACGGUUGUCAUCAGUACCCUUGUCAGCAUCAUGCGUCAACGGCCACAAUUCAUGCACCAAGGCAUUCCUUUCUUGCAAGAGUUGGCCAAACAGCCGCCCAAGCACUUUAAAGAGAGCACGGUGAAGAGUUUAAACAGAACGCUCAAGACUCAGCUUCUGAUUAUUUUGAAGCACGAUGCGUCACUUGCCUUCCAUGAGCAGCUUAUUCCCUUACUCAAAGGGCUCGGCGCCCAAUCACACGAGUACCGCAAAUUCGACCGUCGUGCCGAAGCACGGGAGCAGGGUCUACAGGCUACGGCUGUGCCCGUGGCCCAGGACCCCGCCAGUGAAACAGGCACCGCAACCGGUGAACCCCCGGCCAAAUUGGCUAAACACACGUCGCCGUAUUUGGAGGAGAGCUAUCUGAUCAAGCAUUUGCGUCCUGAACAACUAGCCGAGUUGAUUUUGCAAAGCUUGGCUCUGGCAGACAUGCCCCAGCAAAUGCCGGCCUGGCUCGAGGACGAUGGACAAGCCACAACUGGCAUCUCGGCUCGCGCUCAACGAGUGGCUGGCCGAGGCGGCGAUGCUGAAGCUCAAAUGUCCAGUUUGCAUGCCGCACCGGCGUUGCCCGACGUCAAGCCGAGCGAAGUGCCAACGCCACAGCCAAGCACUCGAACCAAAUCGCGCAGGUCUCGACUCGAUCGAUUCAAGGUCAAGGCUGAACCCAUCAAUGCGGGUCGAGCCCGAACGUUGAUCACACAGUGUUUUGAGCGAUUGCUAGCUGCAGAGCCCCAAAUGAAGACAAGCGAGUCUCGCCAAGCAUACCAUCAUGCACUCUGCGCCAUGGUCAUCGCUGACUACUACAACGCCACAGAAGAGGUUCUGGGACAACUCAAGGCCAAUGUCGACGCCAGCGACAGUCCGAGUAUCAAGACGGAAGCCAUGGAUACAGCAACCGAUGAACCAGAGGCCGUCAGCGCCACGCCACGCAAGCCCCUGCGGUUAUCGCCAUUUCAAGAGCUGUUUCUGGAGCACGUGGCUGAGGAGCCUCUGGCGCGCAUGGAUCUGUCAAUAACCCUUAUGUAUCGACUCUGGGCGAACAGCGCAUCCUCAAGCGUGGAGGAUGCCGAAGAUCAUUUGGCGCAGUACGAUUUCUUGGCUGCCAAAAUUCUUGUCUCCAUCAUCCCAGGACUCGAGGUCAAAGAUCACAACCUUAUUAAACUCUUCCUUGAAACGCCCUGUCUGAGCCCAACAGUGGUUGAGAUUUUGGGUUCCUGCUGCAAGGACGUGAAUCGGACUGAGGUGGCCAUGGUGGGCCUGCGACAGUUGCUUCAACUUCGACCAGGGGCGCGUCCUGCCUUGUUUGCUUUGCUGCGGGAAUUGGUCUCCAGUGAGCACGAGGCCGUGCAAAUUGCGGCUAUUCAAGCCUGUCAGAAACUCAUCAAGCUGGAAUUUGCACAGGAGACGCUGGUGCAGAUUGCUGGUGAUCUCUUCAAUGCUGGGCUGAAAGCAGUCGAAGAGCAGGCCACGGAAACCGACUCGAGCCUGGCCAUCAUGACCAGCCAUGGCCGAUUGCUCCUUGCGUUGCUCCCGCACCAUCCAAAACUGCUCCGUGUGCUUGUCUCUGCCUGGGAAGAUGCUGCCAGCCCCGUCAAGAAAGUCAUGAUGAAUCUUCUUGAGGAACCGCUGCAAACAAUUGGCUCAGGUCACGAGGAACUCUUGCGGGAAGUCCAAGUUAUUGCCGAAGAAGGUCACAAAACCAUUGCCCUCCUGUGCCUACGCUUCAUGUGCCACUUUGGCGUUGGGUUGUCUGCCAUCGAAAUUGCCGUCAAGCUUGCGCUGCCUCGUCUUGAGGAGCUGCUGCCAGUCUUGCUGACCUUGCCACCCGCUGCCCUCCGCGAUGCCAUUCUGCGCAUGACACAAGCUGGGCCGACACAUCGCGAAUCACGCCUACUUCCCGUGCGUGGCCUCGUAUCCAAGUCUAGUCGUAUUAGCUUUAGCCCAAUUGUGCAAGUGGCAGUUGAUAUCUGCUUGAGCAACGGCGAGGACGGUUAUCAUAGCAUGACCGGCAUCUAUACCAUGGAGGUGCUGGUGACGGCGUUGCAGCGAAUCUGUAACAUGUCACCCAUCCCCCUGCUGCUCUUCCACACCGCCUCGCGCACUUUGCGCAAUUAUCCCAAUCUCACAGAUUUUAUUGUUGACAACGUCUUGGCCAAGCUCUUGCACAAGCAGGUGUGGAAGACGAAUGGCAUGUGGGCGCCGCUCAAGAAUCUGAUACACACGUGCCAACCCAAAUCGUUUGAGUUGCUGCGCCUCCUGCCUUUGGCACAACUUGACCGACUCCUGAAGGAAUUGCCGGAGCUGCGCGGGGCUUUUUUUGUCUUUGCGCGCGCCAUGCCCACGGCCGUGGCUAAUGCUUAUCCUCGCAAGCACAAACAAUGGCUGUCCUUGCAACUCAAGAACGCCGAUGCAGCCGGUGCGACCGCGGGGGCAGACUCGAACGCGCCAGAGUCACAGCCAGAAACCGAUCCAAUGGAGGAUUUGACUGCACCGCCCCCAGAUUUGGAUUUGGACAGCGACGAAGACUUUGAAGCCCCACCCGAGUCUGGUCGGGAUUCAAGGCUUCUCUUGGAAGGCGAUGCCGCUGCUCCCAACGAGUCACCUAAGGAGACUGAGCAGGACGACGACGAUGACGACGAUGGUGACGCACCGUACAUGCCGUCAUAGAGCUUGAGCUGUCGAAUACACACCGGACAAGCCCUCUGACCCAUAGUUCAGGACAGGGAAUUGAUUCAAAUUGAA